GCUGCUUUGUAGUGUGACCAGAGCGCAUUUUUUGUGCGCUAUUUUUUUAUUCAGCAGCCAUGCAGUUUACGACACUGCACAACGUGGACACCGAAUACUCGGCGGAUUCGGUGGAAUGGUGUACACAGGAUGAGAAGCAUGACAAAUAUUUUGCCUGUGGCACCUAUCAGCUGGUUGAGGCUGAGGAGAACAGCGCCGCUCCAGCUUCAGCUGAGGUGCAACGGCCACGAAAGGGUCGCAUUUAUUUGUUUGCCUUCGACAGAGAAAAUGGCACACUGAAACAGCUGCAGUGCAUCGAAACGGCAGCAAUAUUGGACAUGAAGUGGCUGCCGGCUUGGAGCUGCAAUACAGGUCCGCUGCUGGCCACAGUUAAUGCUCUAGGUGAUGUGGGGAUCUACGAACUGCUGGACUCAGAGCGGCGAUUGCAGCAGCGCGCACAGCUUGCGCUGGAAGAGACUCCGCUAAACGUAUCAAAGGCUCUGGCACUUUCCCUCGACUGGAAAUAUUUUGAUGAUGUUGGUGCAGGUGCAGUGCAGCUGCUCGUCUCCGAUUCGCUGGGUAAUAUCCAUCAAUUGCAGUAUACGGCACAGGAUGAGCUAAAGAAGCUCCACACUUGGCAUGCGCAUGAAUUCGAGGCGUGGACAUGCGCCUUUGAUCGCUGGAAUCCACAGCGUGUUUUCAGCGGCGGCGACGACAGUUUGCUGCAUGCCUACGAUUUGCGCACCGGUACGGAGGAGCAGUCACAACGAAUCUGGACAAAUAGAGCUCAUGGCGCUGGCGUCACCUGUCUGCUCAGCCAUCCAAAAAACGAACAUCAACUGCUUACGGGCAGCUAUGACGAGCUACUGCGUGUGUUCGAUACAAGGGCUAUGAAACGCAGCCUAACAGAACUGAAUCUAAAUGGUGGCAUCUGGCGGCUUAAGCCCCAUCCACAACGAACUGACAUAAUCCUAACUGCAUGCAUGUACAAAAAUUUUAGUGUUGUGCACUUGAAGGAAGGAGCGCUAAGUCUCCUGGGCAGCUACGAGGAGCAUUCGAGCAUUUGUUAUGGUGCCGAUUGGGCGCCAAAUAUCGAUAAAUCCGAACUGUCGGAUGACCACUCACACAGUCUCCACAUGGCCACCUGCUCCUUCUACGACCAUAAACUGUGUGUGAGCAAAGUAGACACCAAAUUCGAAUCGUGAUUUUUAAUAUAAAUAUAUGUAUUUAAGAAAUCGCAUUAUUCAAAUAAAAUACAUAUAUACGCCAAGCCGUUAAAAGUUAAGAAAUAUCA